ACCUCAUGACUUUUGACUUAUUAUGAAGAUUUUCUCGCAGGUGUGAAAACUGAAGAUCGCAUUGAGAAGGAAUGUUGUCACAGAAAGAGUAUCGAUAUUAUUAUACACUAUCGAUACAUCGAUAAUUGUUUAUCGAUACUGUCACAGUGUAUAUACAUGUGUUUCUAACCGUUGAAAAUAUAGUAAACUCACGUAAAGUAGUGAGCGCAAUAAUAAUCGCUAUUAUUUUAGCUAUGUUUAAGUUGCUCAGUGGAUUAUAAUUAGCACGAUUGUGUUUUAAAAAGUAUAACUAAUCGACGUCUAGUAUAUUUGGCAAUAUGGCUGGGCCUUCUACUGAACAAAGCGGUAUUGCUCAAAAAACAUGGGAAUUAUCGAAUAACAUUGAAACUAUUAGCACCAUGGAUGAGAUUUACAGAUAUGAUAGAAAAGAACAACACGAUAUAUUAACUGCCAAACCAUGGGAAAAAGAUCCCCAUUUCUUCAAAGACAUAAAAAUAUCUGCAUUAGCUUUAUUGAAAAUGGUUAUGCAUGCACGAUCUGGCGGAACACUGGAGGUAAUGGGGCUUUUACUUGGUAAAGUAGCAGCCAAUACAAUGAUUGUAAUGGAUUCCUUUGCACUGCCAGUCGAGGGCACAGAAACUAGAGUGAAUGCUCAAGCUCAAGCUUAUGAAUAUAUGACAGCUUAUAUAGAAGCAGCUAAGCAGGUUGGUAGGCAAGAAAAUGCAAUUGGUUGGUAUCACAGUCAUCCUGGAUAUGGAUGUUGGUUAUCUGGGAUCGAUGUAUCCACCCAGAUGCUAAAUCAAAAUUUUCAAGAGCCAUUCGUCGCCAUUGUCAUAGAUCCUGUGAGAACUAUUUCUGCCGGCAAGGUUUGCCUGGGCGCAUUCAGAACUUAUCCAAAGGGAUAUAAACCUGCAAACGAGGAACCAUCAGAAUAUCAGACAAUACCGUUGAACAAGAUCGAGGAUUUUGGUGUUCAUUGCAAACAAUAUUAUUCUUUGGAAGUAUCUUAUUUCAAGUCCUCCUUGGAUAGACGAUUGCUCGAUUCGUUAUGGAAUAAAUAUUGGGUCAACACUCUAAGUUCUUCUAGCCUAUUAACAAAUGCGGAUUACACUACUGGACAGAUAUUCGACUUGUCGGAUAAAUUGGAACAGUCGGAGUCAGCUUUGGGUAGGGGAUUUGUUUUGGGUGGCACAGAUCCACACGAUCGCAGCACAGUGGAAAAACUCAUAAAAGCAACCAGAGAUAGUUGUAAGACCACUAUCGAAGUUAUUCACGGUUUAAUGGCACAAAUAAUUAAGGACCGACUAUUUAAUCAUGUUGGCAGUAAUGCAACUUGUGAUCCUCAGCAGAAACAAUAAGGUGUGCUUUAUGAUAAUCUGUUAGAAAAUAUGUAUUUGUAAUAAAGAUAUAUGUAUGAGAUAUAUAUCUCCUUCAAAUUUUUGAAAUUCGAUUAAGAUUUCUUAGUUUUUAAAAUCGUCGAGAAAUUAAAAUACGGAGAUAUGAUGAUAUUACCUUUCAAUAUUUUCUCUUUACAUAAAUAUACUUCAAGAAUGUAUCAAGUAUGAAUGUGUCGAAUGUUUAAAAGCAUAAUGGAAUAAAAAUACAUUUUAUUUUCACACCUUGAUUCGCUAGAAAGUAUAUAUACAGCAUUUUUAUCAUUAAUCAAUAUCCUCGUGUAUGUA